GAAAGAACAUGUUGUUCUACGCUGUUAGUAUAUUUAACGUUGCAAUAUUCGGAUUAAUCUCAACUGGAAAAGCUGCGCUUCCUUUUACCCCUUGCAAGCGGAAUUCAGCUGAUUUUGCCGACUGUUUACAACGCUCUAUACAAGAAUCAUGGCCACGAUUUUGUGCAGGACUGCCAGAAUAUGACUUUCCGCCUUUGGAUCCACUAUACUUAGAACAUCUUCCAGUUCAUCUUAAAGUUGAUUUAAGCAACGUACUUGGAAAAAUAAUUAUAUUAAAUAUGACUGCCAUCGGAAUAUCGACGAUUCGUUUUCUUGCCGUGAGACCGCAUUUUCAUGACAACGUUUUCCGUUUGGAAAUUGACGCAGAAUUACCACUGUUAUUCGCAGAAGCUAACGUGGAAGUAAAUGGUACUAUAAGUGUAUUCAAAAUCCGUGGCAAAGGUAAGAUACAAUAAAUUCUACGUAUCUUG